AUGAAACUGCAUAUUCAACAUUGUUUCCUGAUUUACAUUUUGGAAAGUUUCUACAUUUCUGUUGUAAACUCCACAUGCAAACUGACACCACAAGUUAAUUUUCCUGAUGGAAAGCGAGAAAAAAGCCAAAUAGAAGGCCUUGUAGUGGUCAACACAACGUCGGAGACAGCAAUAGGGUGUUUUGGAAAAUGUGUGGAGAAUUGUCAGUGCAAAUCGAUUAAUGUCUGCGGGAAGACCUGCCAGUUAAACUCCGGUAAUCAAGAGAAUAAAGCAUUAAGUGACAACGCAGACUGUUCCUAUUAUGAAUUGUCAUGGAAGACACAGAAUUCGGGCGCCACAAGUGGGAGCUGCACACAAAGACAAAGCUGUUGUAGUACAGGUAGCCCAUGUUUAAAUGGAGGAACUUGCAUUGAACAAUGUCCCACGUCCUCAACAAAACGAUAUCGCUGUAUUUGUCCUCAACAUCUCGCAAUUAAAGGAGAACAUUGCGAAAUUGGCCCGAAGAGCUGCCGAACGAUAUAUGAUGCGAAUCCUGGUAGUCAAUCUGGAGUGUACACAUUGUUUGAUAACUUUAACCAAAGCUUCCCUGCUUACUGUGAUUUUAAUUUGCAUGAUGGCAAAGUGUGGACCCUUGUUCAGUCCUUUUCCUUGGGAAAUAUUUUGCCGCAUUAUCAGAAAAAACAGUUAUUUGUGGAUAAUCCAAGAAAUAUAAAAAAUCCUGAGAAUUGGCAGGAUUAUCGUUUGUCUAAAGCAAGAUUUAGUAGUAUUCAGGAGAACUCAACCCACUUCCGUGUGACGUGUAAUUACGAUAGUCAGUCUAUUGAAGACAUGGUUGAUUACGUCCGCCUCAAAACCAGCGUGGUUGACUUUCUGACCUAUAAUAUUGAUAAUACUGAUCAAAAAUGCAUAUUGGUGGAGUACUUAAACAUACGUGGAGGAUCAUGCGCAGACUGCACGCUUGCUAUGGUGCAAACGUCCACAUGGAAUAUCUUUACAAGUCCAAAUAGGAAUGCAAGGUACAGCUGCGACUGGCAAUAUCCCAAUGGGUACCCCGAGUGUGAGGAAAAUCUUGGUGGAUAUGAGUGUUGGAAUACCGAAUAUAGAUGCACCUCGUCUUCAUCAUCCACGACAAAUACCUGGUAUGGAUCUUAGGGGCCGUCUUCCUACAUU